AUGACUUUUAAGCAAGAGCUCGGCUCAUGGAUGUCGCCCAAAAUUCUCACUACCUCCCCAGUCCCAGAAAUCAACAGCAAAGCACCCUCCGACUCCAAGCUUCCCCUUCCGCCGUCAAACGGGAAGCCAACCAUCGUGACUUUUCUCCGGCAUUGCGGCUGUCCCUUCGCCGAAAAGACAUUCCUCUCCCUACGCUCCCUGGCCGCGGAAGACUCUUCAAAGAACUACAUUGCAGUAUCGCACUCCUCUUCCUCUGCAACCCAAAACUGGCUGUCGUCGCUCGAUGGCGCCGGCAAAGUCCAAGUCAUCGUCGACGACACGCGUGAACUGUAUGCAGCGUGGGGUCUGGGUGUGUCCAGCACCUGGCAUGUGUUGAAUCCCUGGAGUCUGUACUCGGUGUACACGCUGGGGAAGAAGGAGGGCAUUUGGAACAAGCCUACAGAGAGCGGCAGUCGCUGGCAGACGUCGGGGAGCUUCGCAGUCGACGGGCAAGGUAAGGUGAAGUGGGUGAAAGUCCCAAAGGCUGCCGAUGAGGUGCCAGAUUUCGGAGAGGCGACGGAGGAAGUUGGGGGUCAGGCUUAA